GCGCAGUUAAUUGUCAAACUCGUUUUUGCGUUGGCACGUACAGUGUCAAUAGUUGUACAUGAUCUGACCUGGUGUUUUGGUGUUUGUCGUUGUCAAAACUUCCUGUCGUUUUUCUUUUCCUGUCAAAGUGUACCAGCGAACAGACACGUUGGAAACAUGCAGAUUUUCGUGAAAACACUCACCGGCAAGACCAUCACACUUGAGGUCGAGCCUUCGGACACGAUCGAGAAUGUGAAGGCAAAGAUCCAGGACAAGGAAGGCAUUCCCCCAGAUCAGCAGCGUCUGAUCUUCGCCGGCAAGCAGCUGGAGGAUGGUCGCACUCUCUCCGACUACAACAUUCAGAAGGAAUCGACCCUUCAUCUGGUGCUGCGACUCCGUGGUGGUAUCAUUGAGCCGUCUCUGCGUAUCUUGGCUCAAAAGUACAACUGCGACAAGAUGAUUUGCCGCAAGUGCUACGCACGCCUGCACCCGAGAGCGACCAACUGCCGCAAGAAGAAGUGUGGCCACACCAACAACCUGCGCCCGAAGAAGAAGCUGAAGUAGACGGUUACAUUCAUUCAACGCGAUUGUGCUUGUUUCCUUCAUUACUCUAGCGGAGUGAAGCGUUGUGGAACUAUGUACAUGUUUGGACCAUCAGUGGAAAGGAAUAAAAACACCGAGAGGUUCAAAACGUAA